AUGACUGAUCAUAAACAACUACGGAACUGGUCACAGUUUGAUGACUAUGAAUUCAUCCAAGAAGAAAACUUGUUCUCAUUAUUCGAUCACUCACUUUCCUUCGAUUACAAUUCGUCCACUAACAACCCUUUAAGUGAUAUCCAAACCCAAACUUGGUUUUCUUUCCAAGACAUCAUUAAUGUUGAUCCUAUCUCUACUUGUUUCUUGGCUGGUGAUCAUACGUUUAUGGCUUCAGAUGAUGUUCAGGCCAUUUCUACCUUUUCUCAAGAUGUGUUUAGUGGAUCGUGGAAUGAAAUUACUGGUAAUUUCAAUAAUCAUUUUGAACCAAUUAGAAAUGAAAUGUCAAGCAUAGGGGCUCCAAACAUGGAGAUGAUAUUGCACGAGAGUAACAACACAAUGAAAGAGAUAACAUGCUAUAAGAGGAGAGAGAGAACAGAUGGAGUACUCGUCAAGAGCUUGUCAAGAGAAGAAAUCAAGCCAUACUUCUACAUGCCGAUAACUAAAGCAGCCAAAGAGCUUAACGUUGGACUAACCCUUUUGAAGAAAAAAAGUCGUGAGUUGGGUAUUUCUCGUUGGCCUCACCGCAAGCUUAUGAGCAUUCAGGGCAUCAUUACUAACCUCCUGGAUCACUUAGGAAAGACGGAGGAUGAAAGGAUCAGGAGCAAGCUGACGAAAGCUCUGAAGAUUUUGGAGAGGGAGAAGAAAAUGAUUGAGGAGGAUCCUAAUUUGGAAUUUGGGGAUGAGACUAAGAGGUUAAGACAGGCUUGCUUUAAAGCUAAUUACAAACGAAGACGGAUUUUGUCUAUUUCUAACACAUCUUUUUUUUCGUGAGAGCAAGAGCUUGCAUGUCUAGAUCAGAGACGUAGAGGAGAAAGAGGUUUAACAAACAAUGACAUGUACUAGUUUCUUUUGACGAUGAUCAAUACUUCUCAUGAAAGUGGUUUUGCGUGUAUAACAGAGCUAAUCCAGUUUUCAUCCAGUUUUUUUUUCUACUCUUUUCUUGGUUUACAAAGCAAAAAGUAUCGCUGACAAAAAAAAAGAAGCAAAAAGUAUCCUACUGAAAACAAGCAUUUUAUACUAAAUGUUCUUUAUUCUAUUUUGAUUUAGUAGUAUAUUAUUACUUGUAGGAUAAGUAGGUGUAUUUAUGUCGACUUACUUCCAAGGAAUAUUAAAAAAAAGUUUCUUCGUUGUAGUGAUUUCUUUUCCAGCUUGGUUACUUGAACUCGAACCGAAACCGUUAAGGUCUGUACUAUUGGGCUUGAAUGGUUUUAAUAUAGCCCAAUAAAACUAAUAAUCACUAACUGCCCAGUUCACCAGUUGCAUGCGUCCGAAUCCCAAUAAAAGAAUCGCUAGAGAUCAACGGUGAUUCAUUAAUUCAUCGAGAUCUACAACGAUGAUUCAUACAUUAAAGACAGCAAGAAGACACAAGCGAAAA